CCUUCGAUCUUUUAACAUAUGGCGCGCUGUCCUUAACCGAUUUCCCUCGGUCCACUCUAUCAGCUUUCUACGCGAGUAGGCGAUUUUUACUUCAGUCAGAGACCCCAAAUCCUUUCAUUGCAUCAAGCCGACGCACGCGAUAUACCACACCUCCUCUGUCCGCUUCCAGGUCUGCAAUCAAACAUAUGGACACCCCUCCGAUGACAGGCUUGACUUGUGCUCAGUGCGCUCGGAAGUUGGGUGAUCUUGUGGCGCAACUCCCCGUCAACGAUAUCGAAGAAACAUGGAAAGAAGUCGAGUUGACGGCCCAACAACUAGCAAACGGGCUUCGUGUUCGAGAUGGUCCUGAUGAUAAUCACACGAUGUUGGGAAAAACUUUACUGCCUCAGAAUCUCACAACUUUACUAAGCAGCGCGUUGAAUGGUACGCUUAUCCCAGGUGCUAGUCGCACAGCACCUGUCUUUGAGAUUCUUCGUGUUGGCGCGAACCUUUGCGUGGAGCAUGACCAGAACAGGGGGCACCUGCUCGAGGCAGGUUUUCCCCAGGCCGUCGUAUCCUUGCUUGAAGGCUACACAGACACUAUUCCCGAGGAACCCCAGAUGGAUCCAUUUCCUAUGUCCAUUGCACACUUACAGGUGGUGAAGACUGCUGUUGGGGUCUUGUUGAACGCUACACUAACAUAUGAACCAGUGAGAAAUCGUCUCACAUCGCUAGAGGUUGCGAAGACGAUUGUCCGGCUAUCCACAGCCCUCUACCCUCCCUCCGCAUGGAUGAGAACCACCUCUAACCUCCAUCCUUCCGACGAAUCUCCAGCUGACAUCACCUUUGACCGUAUCGCCGAAUCUUGGACUAUAAGAGCCGGACUAUCAAGUUGGGCAGGAAGGUUAAUAUCAGAACUUCAAGACGAUGUACACCCUCUAUUCUCCCAAGAAGUGCUACCAUAUCUCGUCCAAUCCCUCAUCGCCUUCACGCCACCACUCUUGGUUGCGCCCCCUCCCCCUCAUUUCGCGCAACCUUCUCAACUAAGAACGACUCUCCUCAAUACAGACUUUGACCUUCUCUCAGAGUCAUGCUCUCACCUCGAGUCAUCAGCUCUUGACGUGGCGGACGUGCGUCUUUCGCUAGCUCGCGGCUUUACAUUUCCCGCAGAGCAUCAUGACAUUCCCUGUUUUUCUGCGAUGCUCGACUUUGUUGAAAAGGGAAAAUAUCCUCCAUUAUGGUAUGUUCAGUCUGAGAAUGGUCUCGAGGGCGGGGACGUCAGUAAGAAAGAGAAGGCUUUCGAUGAUUGCAAGGCCGCCGUAAUCAAGGCCGUCGUAGAAGUCUCUGGAGAUGAUAGGAAUCUCGAUGUACUGUGGGACGACUCAGACGAUGCACAGCCAGGAGGGGAGUUUGUGUCACGAAUGAUUGACUGGAUCAGAGCUUUCGUCAGCGGCGAGACUUAUGGCAAUGGGAGAGAUGACCUUGUCAUUUGUGCCACUUUAUCUCUGGGUAACAUAACACGUGGAGAAUCUCACUCAACAAUUCUACUCUCUCAGCCAUACGACAUUGCUCAACUCCUCUCGUCGGACGCUCUGCUAGCUCCGUCCACUGACAUCAAAUUGAAGCAUGGUGUCAUUGGUUUGUUGAAGCACUUAGCACAGUCCUCAUCUCAGAUGCCAUCCAAUCGUGCCGCCCUAAGCGCCGCUGGUGUCAUCCAGCUCGUACUUAGGAGUGGAGUUUGGGACGACAGAAGUGAUUUCAUGCUUGAAAUAGUUCAGGUGAAUGCCAUCGGUGCUAUAAAGCAUUUGUGCAACAACAGUGUGGAUAAUGCUUGCAAGUUCAUACUGGAACCAGUGGAUAGCCAAGACCCUCCUUCGACAGGUCUGUCCCAGUUGCUUGCCCUUAUCAAGCGCUCCGACACAGUCGCGAUCAAGAGCGAAGGUACACGUAUCAUUGUGAACUUGAUCAGGUCGCUAUGGACAAAUGAGCGUAGAGAUGAACAAAGCAGCGAGGAGGAGCUACAAGCCAGACAACAGAAGCGGGUGAAAGCUAUGGAUGCUUUGCUUACUGCAGCGUGCGCAGAAGCUCUGGCUGCCCUCAUUGGCAGAAGCGCCAAGCAUCUCAUCCUCAUCAACGAGGGUGUAGUGGCAUCAAGUCUGCUGAGCAUGCAUCGUGACGGAGGUGCCUUGGUUCUGAAUGCCUUGACCGCUCCAUUACCAGUAGAAGUGACACCAUCCUCGACGGGUUCCGCCCCGGCGUCUACAACGGCUUCUACCAGUAGUGAAACGAUGGACUCCCCAAUCGUCUUGUCUCCAACGGGCGCUUCCAAUAAGAUACCAUCCGUUCGACAUGCCCUCGAUCAGCUUGUCGUCUCUCUAAAGAGCGAUUCCACUCCUGCCGAGGUCCGAACAAACAUAUGUGCGUUCUUAGGCCAGAUCAGCAAGCGUGGAACCGGAGAUGGGCUCCAGAGGCUGAAAGAUGCCACAAAACCAAUUCUCGAAGAGUUGGUCAGCACUCACGGACCAAGCAUGCUCGGGAGCGCUGCGAAGAAGGUGUUGGACAUGUGGUCAUCGGAGUGAACUUUGCUUGGAAUAUGAAUGGAAUGGCAGAUGUUAUCAAUGUAUUUUUUGCGUGUUUUCUAGACAGGUAUGAGUAUAUGAGUUGCGUUGUCUUCACGAUCAUGAGCUGAGUUGCUGAACGUGACCGC